AUGCUAUGUGAGAAGUGCAUACAUCACAUCAGUCCGCGCUCGACCAGGGGAACAUUAACGUAGUGUUGUGCCGUGCAUCAACUGAUCAACAUGUGCUCCGAAAAGUCACCGCGAAUUCUUUCGAUACAAAGUCACGUCGUGUUCGGUUACGUUGGCAAUAAAAGUGCAACAUUUCCAUUACAGUUAUUAGGAUUCGAGGUAGAUGCAAUUAAUUCUGUGCAACUGUCCAAUCAUACUGGAUACAAGGUCUUUAAAGGUCAAAUACUUGAUGAUAAAGACUUAGAAGACUUAAUGGAUGGUUUAGCACAAAAUGAUUUAGACAAUUACACUCAUUUGCUCACUGGGUAUGUUGGCUCUGCUUCAUUUUUAAAGAGAAUAGCAGGAGUGGUUCGUGCCUUAAAAAGUAAAAACCCUCAUCUCAAAUAUGUAUGUGAUCCUGUUAUGGGAGACAAUGGAAAAAUGUAUGUUCCUGAAGAGCUGAAUGAAAUUUAUAAAACAGAGAUAGUGCCACUGGCAGACAUUGUAACACCAAAUCAAUUUGAAGUAGAACUACUAACUGGUAAAAAGAUCAGUACAAUGUCUGAGUUACAAAAUGCUGUAAAAGAAUUACACAAAGUUGGUCCUAAAAUAAUAGCUGUCUCAUCGUCAGAAAUUAGUGAUACUUUAACGGCGGUGUUCAGCACAAUAAAAAAUAAUACAAUUUUUCCGAGCGCAACAGAGAAUUUGCUAUACAAAAUCGAAAUACCAAAAAUACCAGCUAAUUUUACGGGUUCCGGAGAUCUCUUUGCUGCCUUGUUUUUAGCUCACACGUACUUAGAAGACAGUUUAAAAGAUGCUAUUCAAAAGACUAUGAAUUCGCUAUAUAGCGUACUAUUAAAAACUUACGAUUACUCCAAAGCAUGCCAAGACAAGGAAUUACAACCUGCAAAGAAAAUUGAGUUGCGCUUAGUACAAAGCAAAAAUUGUAUUGAAAAUCCAGAAAUGCGUCUUCUUGCCGAGCCUCUUUAACUCCGGUACUGUUCCAAAUAUGUGUAAUUUUAAACUGAGUAAAAACUAAUGUUGUGUUAACAAUAUUAUGAAUAUAUUUACAUGUAUAAACUAUA